AUGAUGGAUGUUCCAAACAAGAAGGUCGUCACGGUGGAGGAGUAUCAGCAGGCACGAGCAGAUCUUCUCGAGAAAGAGAAAGCAGCGACGCGUCUACUCCAAGAACUCGCUGCAACGCGCCGACAGCUGCCUAUGGUCCAGGUCCCCUCUCCCACACGCUUCAAAUUCGACACCCCGGAGGGAGAAAGGUCCCUCAGUGACCUCUUCGGUGAUCGAAAGCAACUCAUCCUAUACCACUUCAUGCUGGCUCCACACGAAGCUCAAGGAUGUGUUGGGUGCUCCUUUUGCAUGGACCAUAUCCCUGACCUCCGACACCUGCAGAGUCGGAAUACGUCUUUUGCUGCAGUUGCAACUGCACCCCUGAGUGAGAUUACUGCAUAUGCCAAUCGCAUGGAGUGGAAGUUCCCCUUCUACAGUUCGGCAAAGACGCAUGAAACCUGGGCAGAAGCUGAAAAGGGCGGGGAAACUAUUUCGUGGAAACCAGGAAAUGGCUAUUUUGGACUUUGCUCUUUUUUGAAAGAAGGGGAUGAGGUGUUUCACACUUAUGAUACUACAGAUCGAGGUUUGGAGAUUAUUCUGUCCACAUAUCAUUUGCUGGACAUGACUCCAAUGGGGAGACAGGAGGUGGGCAAUGGAAUGAAUAAUUUCCGGCGCCAUUUCGAAUACUGA